AUGGCCGAAGCUCAGAGUCCUUACGUGCCAACGAACGACGAACUCAGCGACGAAGUAGCAGACAUUCUCAUUGAGCUGGACAACUCGACUCCUUCGGCAAAGGAAGUCUUGCAAGCUCUGCUGGAACGCUACACCCAUUGGAAUGUUCCGGAGCACCGUGUAGCGAAAUACGUGGACGAAUACAAUCUUAGACGAGGAAAACCACCACGACAACAAACACAGAGAAUGCAACGAGACUCGACAACGGCUGCCGGAGGGCCAAAGAGACCCCAAAGGACGUAUAGUACAGACGGCACGGAGGAUCUACUUCGACAAAACAAGCAGCAGCCAGGUGCAGCAGUCAAGGGGGGAGCUAGCGAGACGAAUUUUACGACCCCCCUACGGAAUAGCUCCUUUGCAGAGGUCGAUACUGACAAGGUCAUGAAUGGACCUGGCGCCCAAAACAACAAUAACAGCAACGCUAGUCUGAACGCAAACGGCGUCGAUGACGAUGACGACGACGACGAUGCAGACAUUGUAGAAGAGGCAGACAAGAGGAGCAAGUUCAUGAUGAAGGGUGGCAGCCACUCCAUUCAAAAGGUGCUCAAGGGAGAAGCCAGGGCCAAGAAAGGCUUCUCACGGUUUGAUCGACGCAGCAUGCAGUUCAAGAAAAAGGCUGUGCCCUCUGCUAGACCCAAAGGUAAAGUUCAAAGGAUGGAAGAUGCCAGCGAAGUUUCCGUGUCGGAACGCUCGGGGACCGAAAGGUCGGCGUCGGAGAAACCUUCUGUAGGCGGCGACGUGCUGGAUUCACUAGGUGAUAGCUACAGUGAGAACGUUGAAGUUGAAUUCGAGUUCAAUAGCGACGAUGACGAGGAGUUCGUAGCAGAGGUCGAACGACGCAGCAAAUUCAUCGCAAAGGGUGGAACUCAUUCCAUCCAGAAAGUACUCAAGGGGGAAGCGAGGUCGGGAAAGAAGUCUGGUCCUUCUCGUAUCAACCGACGAAACAUUUCCUCCAAAGAUGACGACGACAACAACAAUGCCGAUGAUCCUGACGAUCAAUCCAAACCACGGCCUGCACCGCCGAUGAGAUCCAUUAGUGUUGACUCUACCGAUUCACAAAUAGAAGAAGAGGCCGGCAGAAGAAGCCGAUUCAUGAUCAAGGGAGCUAGUCAUUCUAUUCGCAAUCUACUGUCCGGAAAGGCGAAGAAAGAAAAGAGAGGCUCCACUUUGGAUCGGAGAAAGUUACACUUCAAACACGAAUCCGAUGCCGUCCAUUCCACCGAUCAAUCGCGACCGAAGCCUCAAGAGAUGAACGAAGCGAGAUUAAAGGCCGAAGAGGAGGCAAGAGAGCGAGCGGCUGCACGGAAAAAGAACAAAUUCGGCAGGCCCAAGCGACCACAACGAAACAUUAGCAUACAACCCGACGACGAACCAAGCAGCUCCCAUGCGAAUGACUCCGAUGUAGCCUUGGAGGCGGAAGCAGAUCGCCGGUCACUCAUGUUCAAAGGAGGCAGCCAUUCCAUUCGAAAUCUCUUUGCCGGCAAGGGCAAGAAGAAAGACGGUGGGGGCAUCAACCGAUUCAACCGUCGUAAAAUGCAUUUCAAAAAGGAAUCACAAGCCGUACAUUCCACGGAAAAACCUCGGUUGAAACCGGAGGAAAUCAACAGGAGGCAUCGAGAAGAGGCAGCACGUCUUCGCGCGGAAGCUACUAGCGCGAAGAAGCGCGAACCCGACAACGAAGUACCCGAGCCACCCAAUCAAAGCAGCGGCAGUGAAAAAACUAAAGCGCAAGAGCUGCACGGAGAGCCUUCUGAGAGGGAACCAACAGAAGAGCCAGAAGACGAUGGCUUGGACACUGAUGAUGACAUCCUUGAGGAGGCUGACAAGAGGAGCAAGUUCAUGAUGAAAGGUGGUAGUCAUUCCAUCCAGAAAGUCCUUCGAGGGGAAGCCAGAAAACCGAAGUCCACUGUUACUCGGUUUGACAGACGGAAAAUGCAUUUCAAAAAGGAGUCUGAAGCUAUCCAUAGCCAUGACCAUGAGCAACAACAGACGGCAGCAACUGAAGAGAUGGUUGAUGACAGCAUGCCUGACAACAGUGCUGCUGAUUUGGAUACGGAUGAUGACAUCAUUGAAGAAGCUGACAAGAGAAGCAAAUUCAUGAUGAAAGGCGGCAGCCAUUCCAUUCAGAAGGUACUACGAGGGGAAGCCCGAUCCAAGAAGGGAGUCAAUAGAUUUGACAGGCGGAAGAUGCAUUUCAAGAAAGAGUCCAAGGCAAUUCACUGUCAUGAUCAAGAACAGCAACAGACCGCAACUACCGAAGAGAUGGGCGAUGACAGCAUGGCUGACAACAGUGCUUUGGACUUGGACACUGAUGACGAUAUCAUUGAGGAGGCCGACAAGAGAAGUAAGUUCAUGAUGAAGGGUGGUAGCCACUCCAUCCAAAAGGUCCUCCGAGGAGAAGCCAGGAAACCGAAGGCCACUGUCACUCGGUUUGACAGACGGAAGAUGCAUUUCAAGAAGGAAUCAGAGGCAGUGCAUAGUCAUGACCAUGAACAGCAACAGACGGCAACGGCAACAACUGAAGAGAUGCUUGAUGACAGCAUGCUUGACAACAGUGGUGCCGACUUUGACACGGACGAUGACAUUAUUGAAGAGGCAGACAAGAGAAGCAAGUUCAUGAUGAAAGGAGGAAGCCACUCCAUUCAGAAGGUUCUGCGAGGAGAAGCCAGAGCCAAGAAGGGUGUCACCCGAUUUGAUAGACGGAAGAUGCAUUUCAAGAAGGAGUCCCAGGCAAUUCAUAGCCACGACCAUGACGAGCAACACCAAUCAGAAGGCCAUGGCAAGUCUCUUCCUGCGACCAGCAAUCCGUUUACAGUUGUUCCUCCUGGCUGGACAAUAACUCCGGACCCCAGUGACGGCCGGCUCUUCUAUUUGGAAACAGCCACUGGCAGAAGAUCAUGGACUCAUCCUCAUGCUCCGGCUCAACUUAGUGAAAUGGUCGAUGACAGCAUGGUUGACAAUAGCAUGGUUGACUACAGCGCUGCCGAUGUGGAUACAGACGAUGACAUAAUCGAGGAAGCUGACAAGAGAAGUAAGUUCAUGAUGAAAGGUGGCAGUCACUCAAUCCAGAAGGUACUUCGAGGAGAAGCCAGGUCGAAGAAGAAAGCUGCUGUCACUCGUUUCGACAGAAGGAACUUCCAGAAAAAGUCACCAGCUGUCCGUAGACAGGGCCAUGACAGACAGGAGCCGCAGGAGAUGGUAGAUGACAGCAUGGCAGACAACAGCGGUGCUGAUACUGCUGACAUGGAUACUGAUGACGACAUCAUUGAAGAGGCUGACAAGAGGAGCAAGUUUAUGAUGAAGGGAGGCAGCUACUCCAUUCAGAAAGUCCUUCGAGGGGAAGCCCGGGCGAAGAAGGGUGUCACCCGAUUUGAUAGACGGAAGAUGCAUUUCAAGAAGGAAUCAGAGGCAGUUCAUUGUCAUGAUGAUGACCAGCAGCACCUUGCUGCAGGCCAAAGUCAGGAAAUGACUGAUAGUAGCAUGGCAGACAACAGUGCUGCAGAUGUUGACACGGACGAUGAUAUCAUUGAAGAGGCUGAUAAAAGGAGCAAGUUCAUGAUGAAGGGAGGCAGCCACUCCAUCCAAAAGGUGCUUCGAGGAGAAGCCAGGAAACCGAAGGGAGCUACAGUCAACCGCUUCGACCGUCGAAAGAUGCACUUUAAGAAGGAGUCUGCAGCUGUUCACAGCCAUGACAAUGACCGAAAGAGCCCCAGAACGCGCCAGCCAGAAGUGAUGGCUGAUAGUAGCAUGGUAGACAGUGUUGGCGACAGCAGUGCUGCCGAUGUGGAAGAUGCUGGAUUUGACACCGAUGAUGACAUCAUUGAGGAAGCUGACAAGAGGAGCAAGUUCAUGAUGAAGGGAGGUAGUCAUUCCAUCCAAAAGGUCCUUCGUGGUGAAGCCAGGAAGCCGAAGUCCACAGUCACUCGCUUUGACAGGCGGAAGAUGCAUUUCAAGAAGGAAUCUGAAGCUGUUCAUUGUCAUGAUCAUGACGGGCAGGCGGCUGCUAAACACCAGGAAGAAGAAAUGGUUGAUGAUAGCUUGGCUGACAACAGUGCCGCUGAUACUGCUGAGAUGGACACAGAUGAUGACAUCAUUGAAGAGGCCGAUAAAAGGAGCAAGUUCAUGAUGAAGGGAGGCAGCCACUCCAUUCAAAAGGUGCUUCGAGGGGAAGCCAGGAAACCGAAGGGAGCUACAGUCAACCGCUUCGACCGUCGAAAGAUGCAUUUCAAAAAGGAGUCCGAAGCAAUCCAUAGCCAUGACCACGACCCCCCUGCUGGCGGAGCCAAACCAAGAGGCCAAACAACGACACAGAGUCAACCAAGAAGGGAGGUACCCAGCCUGCUAUCACCAUACCAGAAUCAGCAAAUUCGGCAGAUCCAAGCCCAGCGAAGGACUGGAAGCUCUCCAACAAGGAGUGCUCCAGCGCCAAGGGCUGUGGCCCAGCCUAAGGAAAUGACAGACAGCAGUGGUGAUGAUUACGAUACUGACGACGACAUUCUUGAAGAGGCCGAUAAAAGGAGCAAGUUCAUGAUGAAAGGAGGAAGUCAUUCAAUCCAAAAGGUGCUUCGCGGGGAAGCCCGGAAACCGAAGGGAACUACAGUCAACCGCUUUGACCGUCGUAAGAUGCACUUUAAAAAGGAGUCGGAAGCCAUCCACAGCCAUGAUCAUGACAGAGAACAACCCAGAACCCGGAAUACUGAUAAAGAGAUGGUUGACAACAGUGCUGCUGAUGUGGAAGAUGCAGAGUACGACACUGAUGAUGAUAUCGUCGAAGAAGCUGACCGAAGAAGCAAGUUCAUGAUGAAAGGAGGCAGCCACUCCAUUCAGAAGGUGCUACGAGGAGAAGCACGUGCGAAGAAGGGACCUACAGUGACUCGAUUUGAUCGCAGAAAGAUGCAUUUCAAGAAAGAAUCGGAAGCCAUCCACAGCCAUGACCAUGACAGAGAUGAGCCCAGAACCCACCAGACCAAGGGAGAGAUGGUCGAUGACAGUGAUGAAGAAGAUGCAGAGUAUGAUACCGAUGAUGAUAUCAUUGAGGAAGCUGACCGUAGAAGCAAGUUCAUGAUGAAAGGAGGGAGUCACUCCAUUCAAAAGGUGCUUAGAGGGGAAGCCCGGAAACCGAAGGAAACCACUGUCAAUCGCUUUGACAGAAGGAAGAUGCAUUUCAAUCGUGAUAGUGCCAGUCAGGAGUUCCAAGCUGCUUCUGCAGCAGACGAGCGUCCCAGGCCUCCACCAAGGCCAUCUCCGGAGUCGAAUGAGAACCCUCUGGAUGGUGGUGUUGAUUAUGAAGAAAAUGAUUUGGAUGCCAGUAUGCAAUUUGAUGAGGAUGAUGCGGAUAUUAUUGAGGAAGCCGACAGGAGAAGCAAGUUCAUGACGAAAGGAGGAAGUCAUUCCAUCCAAAAGGUGCUUCGCGGGGAAGCCCGGAAACCAAAGGGAACCACCGUCACUCGCUUUGACCGCCGCAAGAUGCAUUUCAAGAAGGAGUCAGAAGCCAUCCACAGCCAUGAUAACGACCCGAAGGUGCCUGGGAAUGCUCCGGUUGGGUCAAACCCGGAUCAUGAUGGGGAAAUGGCCCGCCAGGCCCCAAAAGAUCAUGCGAUUCAUCGCCCAAUGAGGAAGUCCAGCGCUGAGAUCACCAGCAGCACUGAAGCUGCGAAUGUGCCCUUCAAGAGAGAGGAUGACAGCGAGGAAUUUGACGAGGAGGAGCUUGAGCUCCUGGCACAAGCUGAAUCAGACCCACGAAAGCAGAUGAUGCUGAAGGGUGCGAGCCAUUCCAUUCGAAACAUCUUUUCUGGAAAAGCCAAGAAAGAGAAGAAGGCUGCUGCUGGAAUGGCAAGAAGAACGUCACAACUGAAGAGUGCAUCUAUCGGCAGAGGAUUGGUUGACGAAUCUGAGCGAACCGACAAUGUUGUUGCCGUGGUGGACGAGCCAUCAUCGCCCAUGCCCGAUGAUAGCAUAGCUCGGGACGACGAAGAAAAGGUGGAUAGAAGAAGCAGGUUCACACUCAAGGGCGCGAGCAAUUCCAUUCGAAACUUACUGGGACGCAAGUCAGGGAAAAAGGAAAAGCCCAUGGAUGCGGAGAUUGCACGACUACGCGCGAGCAACGCGGGACCCGGAAGCAGUGAGGUCCUCGGGGAUGAGUCAACCAGGAGCAUGAAGAAGAAGAAAGAAGCAAUUAACCGAUUUGACCGGCGAAAGAUCAAGGUGGAGCAAGGCGCUGGGUCGCAGAGCUCGGUGAGGUCGUCUUUGAAUGCCCCGAGGGCACCGAGCCGGAGCUUCGAUAACGAUCCGCCAAGUGCGCCAGGCAGGAGCGUUGACAAGGACUCGCCUAAACCUCCAAGUCGAAGCGCCGACGAUGAGCCCGACGAGCAAACUUCACCCAAAAAUCUCCUUGACGAAGAGUCAGAUCUUGAUCUUGAUCUCGAUGAUGAGGAUGCUGACAUCUUGGAAGAAGCUGACAAGAGGAGCAAAUUCAUUUCGAAGGGAGGUAGCUAUUCGAUCCAAAAAGUAUUGAAGGGGGAAGCCAGGGUAAAGAAGGGCGUGUCCAGGUUUGACAGGCGGAAAAUGCACUUCAAAAAAGAAUCUGAGGCAAUUCACAGUCACGAUCAUGAUCAAGAAGAGACCUCAGACCGUGGACUAGCAACUCCGCCGCCUUCCGGAGGAGGGCCAGAGAUGUCAGAUAACAGUAGCGCAUCCAAUGCGAAGAUGCCGUCGCGAAGGGUCAGCGAUGGAAUGGAGGAUGAAACUUCAGACGACGCAGACAUGAGUAUGGAUGUGCCUCUAAGCGCCAAUAGAGAUGCCCCUCUUGGCGCCGGUUUCAAAAAGAGAACUUCCAGAAUGAAAGCGAUACCAGUGAAAGGUGCUGCAAAGCCAGCACCCAAAAGCGCAGUGAAAACUUCAGAGGGUGAACACAUCGACUCGACGCAGGAAAGCACGGUCGACCUGACCCCGAGCGCAAGACAAGAUGUCAAAGUCGAUGAUGAGAUCGAGGGGGAAGACGACACAGAGUCAGGUGAUGGUGACCGUCGAAAGCGUUUUACUCUGAAGGGCGCCAGCCAUUCCAUCAAGAAGGUGCUUUCGGGCAAAGCACGGGCGAAGAAAGAAAGUGGUGUGUCUCGGCUUGAUCGUCGACGCAUUCAUCUCAAGAGUAAAUCGACGCCGAAAGCUGGUUUGGAUUCGAAAUCUCCUGGUGGCAAGUAA